AUGGAAACACAAACUAGACAGAAAUUGGAGACUCUUAGAUCAGACCGGGGAAGUGAAUUCAAGUCAAAUCAAUUCAAGGAAUAUUGUGAGCGGAUGGGAAUUCGAAGGGAGUUCACUGCCCCAUAUUCACCUCAGCAAAAUGGUAUAGCUGAGCACAAGAACAGAACAUUAGUAGACAAAGCAAGGAGCAUGUUAAAUGCAAGGAAGCUGCCAACCAAAUUUUGGGCCGAGGCCAUUGCAACUACUGCCUAUCUAUCAAAUAUUUCACCAACACAGGCUAUAGCAAAUCGAACACCUUAUGAAGCUUGGUGGGGAGUCAAGCACACUAGUGCUGAACAACAGAUUGUGCAGAAGAAAGUUAUAUAUGGAGAAUUGGAAGGCAAUUAUUCAACUGAAGCAAAUAUUCCAAGAGCAGAAAUUCAAAGACAGGAAGGUUCAGUAUAUGAUGUUGAAAGCUCUAACUCUUCAUCACAAGGAGAAUCAACUCAAGAAGAUUCGCCACCAAGCAUUGUACGCAUGUUAAGAGACAUAUAUGAAAGCUGCUCCUUUGCCUUACAUAUGUCAGAUCCUUCAAAUUAUGAUGAAGCAUGUCAAAAUACUGUUUGGAAGAAAGCAAUGGAUGAAGAGUUUCAGGCAAUUCAGAGGAAUGAUACUUGA